CCCGCCUCAGAGCACCCCAAACCUGACACCAUGAAGAUCCCAAUCCUUCCGGCUGUGGCUCUCCUCUCUCUCCUGGCGUUGCAUGCUGUCCAGGGAGCCGCCCUGGGGCGCACUGAGGAAGACGCGACCACCAUCGGUAACUAUGCUGCGGGAUCAGAGGGCUUUAACAGUCAGUUCCUGAACCUUGACAAGUUACAGUCUGCCUUUAAGUCCGACGAGUUCCUGAACUGGCACGUCAUCACGGACUUGUUCAAAAGGGCGUUUCCUUUCAUUAACUGGGAAUUCUUCCCGAAGGUGAAAGGACUAAGAAGUGCAGUUCCUGAUUCCCAGUGACCAUUCUCUUUAAGACCUAGGACCUAGGCCGUCCCAGUAGACGAGGAGGCUAGCGUGGGAUCCGACGUCCAUUCUACGACAAAGCUCCCCUGGCUCAGUACCUCCAAUAAAAGUGUUUUCCAUUCA